CAAUUGGUCACUGAAGAAGAGUAUUUAUCUUCAUUCAGCACUAAGGACAAAAUACAUGGACUUUUACAAUCUUUAUAAGGGGAAAGGUUGCUUAGUAGACUUCAGGUUUAAUGGUGAAGACUAGAAAAUAAUCAUACCUAGGAGGCUAGUAAGUAACAACCCUCAAAGCUUAUCAUUAAAGGUCAAGUACCUGUUGAAAUCCUGCCCCCACCCAAUGACUCUUCCCACUGUGCCUACUGCCUCUGAUUUUAACCCAUUAAAAGAAUAAAGCUGGAGAGAGCGAGAGUACGAAGCGCGGCAACCCGAGUCAUGGCAGGACAGGCAUUUAGAAAGUUUCUUCCCCUCUUUGACCGAGUAUUAGUUGAAAGAAGUGCACCCGAAGUUGUAACCAAAGGAGGCAUUAUGCUUCCAGAAAAAUCGCAAGGAAAAGUAUUGCAAGCAAUGGUAGUAGCUGUUGGAUCAGGCUCUAAAGGAAAGGCUGGAGAGAUUCAACCAGUUAGUGUGAAAGUUGGAGAUAAAGUUCUUCUCCCAGAAUACGGAGGCACCAAAGUAGUUCUAGAUGACAAGGAUUAUUUCCUAUUUAGAGAUGGUGACAUUCUUGGAAAAUAUGUCGACUAAAAUAAGUCACUAUUGAAAUGGCAUCACGUGAAGCUGCCCGUUCCCCCAAUGGCAUCACGUGAAGCUGCCACUGAAGUUCUGAAAUCUUUCAUCCUGUAAAUAAUUUCCGUGUUUUUUUUAUAAUAAAGUAAUGAUA